AGGUGAGUCAAAGCUGAACCAGGAAGCAGGAUGUCACGAGAAAGAAAGAAAGAAGCUGUGUGGCGAUGGCAGUUCUUCAUGUCUACAGCCACAGUGGGUAACUAGCAACAGCUCCAAGGCCACUGGGAAAUGACUCCAGCACAGAUCUUGCUGUUCCUGGUGCUGACAGCCAGCUUGACUGGGAGAGUGCAUUGUCAAGAGGGGGAAGGAGAAGACAUUGAUGAAGAUACCGGUGAGACUGAGGAUGCAGUCGAGGCCACUACAGCAGAGACGUCAGAGCUCCCUGACCCAACCCCGUCAGCUGAAACAAAUGACGGUGAAGAGAACAUAGAAGCAUCAGGAGGAUAUGACAGCGGAGCUGGUCCUGAGGAUAGAGAAGAAGGUGAGCCUUCAGGAGAGCCGCCCCCUGAUGAGCUGAGCCCCACCAUCAUCAUCAUCCCCCUGGUGGCAGUUUUGGUCAUCAUCAGCAUGGUGGUGGCCGCAGUGAUGAUCAGUCGCCGGCUGAGAAGCAAAUCUGCUGGCUCCGAACCUGUGCAAGAGGAUGCAUACUUGGACGCAUGUGAGGGUGAAAAAGUUCCAAUGCCAAUGUUUGAAGAUGAUGUUCCUUCUGUGCUGGAGCUGGAGAUGGAAGACUUGGAGAAAUGGAUGGUGAAAGAUGGUGGUGGCAGCAAUAUGAACUUAGGUCCAGUAUAGCUGACGAGAAUGAUGAAGUAAGGAUGGAGCUUGUGACUGCUGCCUUUUCCUAUACCAACCUCAUUAAACUGCUCUGUGGACUAGCACAGGCAGACACUGGGACCACAGGAACCACAGUCCACAGGCACCGGACGCUGCUCACAUGGGGCCUUUAUCACCUGUGUGAGCUGAGUGGAAGAGCACAUCGUGGCAAUAACGCUUCUUUCAGCAAUGUAGUUUUGUCCUCACAUUUCCUGAGAACAUUUUUGUUUUGUCUUUGUGGCAUGUUAUUUCAUUCCAAUUCUACUGGUUGUGUUUUACUUGCGCACAACCAUGGGUAAUGGUAAAAAAUUAUAUUGAGAAAAGUUUCAAAGACCAGGAGUGGGUCUUAAAUAGCAGAUAUAGCCGUGAUUGAACAAACAUGAGUUUAUUAAUACUGUGUUCCACUCCUGCACACAUGUAUACCUAACCACUACAUCACAGUCCCAAACCAGCUUGGAAUGUAUAUGUCUUUGUUGUUCUAUGUACUGUAUGUGCAUGGGUGUGAUUACAAAGAAUACUAAUGUGAAGUCUGGUCUGCAGCUAGUUGGCUAUGAGGCAGUGAAUGCAUCACAUUCAAGCUGCCUUUGUGGUCAACAUAAGGUCCCAAGCACAUGGGACACCUCUGCAGUUUUUACCAUUUCAAUGUGUUGAGUUCUGUUUGGUAGCAUCACCUGUUUUCAAACUGCAACAAUGUAUUAACUAUUAUUUAAAAAGAUGAAAAGACGUGGCUCAAAUCCAUUAAUGCUGAUGGAGUACAAGCAUGAACAUAUUAUAUGGCUUUGCCGUAGCCAAUUGAUGUAAAUACUGAGAAAACAGAAAUGAUUCUAUAGGGUGUUUUUUUUCUUUGUUUUGGUUGCACUUUUGUACUUUAAUACAUGUGACACCACAGAGGCUUGCUUUAGAAAUUGAAAUCAAAUAAUAAAAAAAAAGUAAUUGUA